AUGGUCCUCCUCCCCGAGAAGCACUCCCCUCAAGCGGGUUGGCUGACGGCAGCUCGUCCGUGGCUCUGGAGGAGGAGGGUUAUUAUUAUUAUGACAUCCAGGAUAAAGCCUCAAAUUGUGAUUGACAUGUUGCUGCUGCGUCACUGUCCUCGUCUGAGCCGCCUCUGCUACGGCUCCCACAGAGCCGCCGUUCCUGCCGUCAUAGCCUCGGCGCGCUUCAGCAGAGACUCUGACCAAUCACACGUCAGAUGGAGCCGCCGCUGGACUCACGCCACGGCCGGAUUGUUAGCCGGGACCGGAGCUGUUCUGGCCUACGCACUGCACCACCACCAGGCGGAGCAGGCAGAUGUGUCCCUCCCCUCUCCCCCCUCUCCUCCCCCUUCCUCUCCUUCCUCCUGGUCAGUGUUCAGCCAGGAGGAGGUCUCUCGCCAUCGCUCCCUGGAGGACCGGGUGUGGGUCACAUUUAAAGGAGGCGUAUACGACAUCACAGAGUUUGUGUCCAUGCAUCCUGGAGGAGACCGCAUCAUGCUGGCAGCAGGGGGCGCUGUGGAGCCAUUCUGGGCCCUGUACGCUGUCCACAACCAGGAGCACGUGCUGGAGAUGCUGGCAGAGUACAAGGUCGGAGAGCUGAGAGCCGAGGACCAGAAGAAACAGAGUCUGAACCCGUCUGACCCGUUCUCCGCGGACCCCGAUCGCCACCCGGUCCUGCACAUCAACAACAUGAAGCCGUUCAACGCAGAACCGCCGCCGCAAAUCCUCACAGAGAGCUACGUCACGCCCAACGUCUUCUUCUUCAAACGCAACCAUCUCCCGGUGCCGCAAGUGGAUCCGGCAACUUACAAACUCCACGUGGAAAUCCAGGGCCCGAGUGGCAGUGCAAGACGUGGCAUAGUUUCUUUAUCUCUGGACGAUUUGAAAAAUAAAUUCCCAAAGCGCACGGUGACCGCCACGCUUCAGUGCGCGGGGAACAGGCGGUCCGACAUGCACAACGCCAAACCCGUGAAGGGUUUGAACUGGGGCAUCGGUGCAAUCGGGAACGCGUCCUGGAGCGGCGCGAGCCUCCGGGACGUUCUCCUCGCUGCAGGCUACGCUCCCGACGAUGCGCUCUGGGCGAGACACGUCCAGUUCGAAGGCCUGGACCAGGACGUAGGCGGCACGACAUACGGCGCGUCCAUCCCUCUCAGAAAAGCUCUGAGCGAGGACGGCGACUGCUUGCUCGCGUACGAGAUGAACGGGGAGGAGCUGCCCGCAGAUCACGGCUUCCCGGUGCGUGUCGUUGUCCCGGGAACGGUUGGUGCGCGUAACGUGAAGUGGUUAGGGAAGAUUGUGGUGAGCGACGUGGAGAGUAGUAGCCACUGGCAACAGAACGAUUACAAAGGGUUUUCACCGAGCACCGACUGGGACACGGUGGAUUACAAAACCGCGCCCGCAAUUCAAGAGCUGCCCAUCCAGUCCGCGAUCACCGUUCCAGCCGAUGGCGCGAAAGUCGACCGCAGUGAUGAGGAGCUCACGCUGAAGGGGUACGCGUGGAGCGGAGGCGGCAGGGAAGUGGUGCGUGUGGAUGUGUCCGUAGACGGAGGGAAGACGUGGAGGAUCGCCAAGCUGAAGGGGGACGAGGCCGGGUCGCCGCCGCCUGGACAGGCCUGGGCGUGGAAGCUGUGGGAGCUGACAGUGCCGUUGCCCGCUGACACGCAGCAGCUGGAGCUGGUGUGCAAGGCGGUGGACAGCAGCUACAACAUGCAGCCAGACGCGGUUCUGCCCAUCUGGAAUCUGAGAGGAGUCCUGAGCAACGCCUGGCACCGGGUGAAGGUCACAAUCAAGGACGAUCAGGACGAGUGA